CCGGAGCCGCAGUCGCACCUACACACACCUGCGAGCUUCCGGGAACCUGGGCUGCGCCCCGCUGGGACUCGGCGCUGCCAUUUCGCGGGAAGUGCGGCUCCUGGCCCGGGUGCGGUCCGAGGGAACCUGCGGCUCUUAGCGCCUGUCCGUGAACAAAUCUGUUCCCUUUCAACACCAGCGAUGGAGGAGAUUGUGUGGGAGCAGUUCACUGUCACCCUGCACAGGGACUCUAAGAGGGGCUUCGGAAUUGCUGUCACCGGGGGCCGGGACAAUCCCAAAGUGGACACCGGGGAGAUGUCCAUCAUCGUGUCUGACGUCCUGCAGGGGGGUCCGGCCGACGGACUGCUUUUUGAGAAUGACCGUGUGAUCCUGGUUAACGGCUUGUCCAUGGAGAAUGUGCCACAUUCCUUUGCUGUGCAGCAACUCCGAAAAUGUGGGAAAGUGGCCAAAUUUGUGGUGAAGAGACCCAAGAGAGCAGCACCCAGUGCACUGAAGCGCUCCCAGUCACACGACGAGAGGCUCUCUGACUACCCUGGCGACUAUGAUCAAGAUUAUGACUAUGACCGAGACUACGACUAUGACGACCACAGCAUGUACAGCGCUCAGAGCAGCAAUGCAGACUACCCUCAUGAGCAUAGUCCAGAAAAGGAACAGGCUAGAUACCCAGAACGCCGAGGGCGUGACCGCGACCGGGAUUACGGUCGAGAUCGCAGUCGAGGUAGGAGUCUGGAGCGGGAUCUGAGUCCAGAGAGACAGUACUACCGUGACAGAAGCAGGGGGCGCUCUUUAGACAGAGAAGCCAGCCCCGAGGGGCCUUAUAGGAGAGACCACAGCAGGGGCCGGGCCCUGGAACGCGGUCAAAGCCCGGCCCGCAGCCGUGACCCCAGCUACGAGCGAGAGCUCGACCGCAAGUCUUAUGAGCCCCGCCCAGAAGAACGACUGAUGAGGAGCAGAAGUAGAGAUCAGCUUCAGGCCCCCUCGCCCCGCCCAGAAGAACGACUGAUGAGGAGCAGAAGUAGAGACCAGCUGCAGGCCCGCUCCCCUUCGCCCCGCCCAGAAGAACGACUGAUGAGGAGCAGAAGUAGAGACCAGCUGCAGGCCCCCUCCCCCUCGCCAAGCCACAGCCGUGUCCAUGAGCAACUGGAGAAACCAUUAAAUGUCGUCCUGCUGAAGAAUCGACCAAAUGAAGAGUACGGGCUUCGGCUGGGGAGUCAGAUCUUUAUCAAAGAGAUGACCAGUACUGGUCUAGCCAGCAGGGAUGGUGCUCUGCAGGAAGGUGACAUCAUCUUAAAGAUUAACGGCACGGUGACGGAGAACCUGUCCCUGGGUGACGCCGGCAAGCUGGUGGAGAGGUCCCGCGGGCAGCUGCGGCUGCUGGUUCAGAGGGACCGCCGGCAGCUCCUGCUCCGCAUCCCGCACCUGGCCGACAGCGACUCGGAGCCCGACGACAUUUCGGAGAUCGAGUCGUAUCGCUCCUACUCCCCUCAGGAGGAGCGCGGCGCUGCUCACUCUGACAUCUCCUCACACUCGUCCAACGAGAAACUGCGCGAGAAGCCCAGGGAGGACCCCCCCGGCCGGCUGGCCAAGAUGGGUGCACAGCCGACCCCGUUCAGGGCACUGGAGCAGCAGCCCAGCGAGCCGCCUGACAAGGAGGAGACACGAGUGGCAGAGCCUGCCGUGCCAGUUAUGGCAGUUGCACCAGUGGUCAGCAGUUCAACAAAGAUGGAGCUCCACCCAAGUGCAGAGGAUGAGGAAACAUACGGCCCAAACACAGUGGUGGUGCAGUUCCAGAAGGCCGACAGCGUAGGGCUACGUCUCGCAGGAGGCAGCGACGUGGGCAUCUUCGUUGCCGGCGUGCAGGAGGACAGCGCUGCGGAGAGGGAGGGUCUCCGAACUGGGGAUCAGAUACUGAAGGUGAACAGCAUGGACUUCCGGGGGAUGGUGCGGGAAGAAGCCGUCUUGUACCUGCUGGAGAUCCCCAGGGGCGAGACCGUUACCAUCCUGGCCCAAAGCAAGCCUGACGUUUACCAGGAGAUCAUAGACUCUGAUAGAGGGGACUUGUUCUACAUCAGGACACAUUUUGAAUUUGAGAAGGAUUCUCCUCACAGCCUGGCCUUCAGCAGGGGGGAGAUCUUCAAGGUGAUGGACACCCUGUAUAAUGGCAAACUGGGAAACUGGCUGGCCAUUCGCUUGGGCAGGGACAAUGAGCCCCUGGACAGGGGCAUAAUUCCCAGCAAAAGCAGGGCAGAUCAGCUGGCCAAUGUGCAGAAUGCCCAGAGGGGACUGGGCAAUGACCGCGGGGACUUCUGGAGGCUGCGAGGUCAGAGGGCAGCGAAGAAGAAGGAUCUCCGGAAGAGCCGCGAGGACCUCAGUGCUCCGGUUGUUUCCACACGCUUCCCCGCUUACGAAAGAGUGGUGUUACGCGAGGCUGGUUUUAAACGUCCCGUGGUGCUGUUUGGGCCCAUUGCUGACGCUGCCAUUGAGAAGCUGGCCUCAGAUCUUCCAGAUCAGUUUGCCAUUGCAAAAACCGAGCCCAAGGAUGCCGGGUCAGAGAAGUCAUCGGGCGUGGUGAAGCUGAACACCAUUCGGCAGAUCAUCGAACAGAACCGGCACGCCCUGCUGGACGUCACCCCCAAGGCCGUGGACACGCUUAACUACACGCAGUGGUACCCGAUUGUGAUCUUCUUCAACCCCGAGACCAAGCAGGCUGUUAAGACGAUGCGCCAGAGACUGAUGCCUGGCUCCAAUCGCAGUGCCCGCAAGCUCUAUGAGCAGGCGGUGAAGCUGAGGAAGACCUGCUCACACCUCUUCACCGAUAUCAUUGAUCUUAAUGCUGCCAAUGAUGCGUGGUACGGCAACGUGAAGGACUCGAUUCUGGAGCAGCAGGAACGUGCCGUGUGGGUCUUUGAGCGAAAAGUGAGUUAGUCAUGUAUCUCCACAACAUGAUUGGUGUAUGUAAGGUGUAGAUGGUGUGUUUGGUGUAAAUAGGGUAUGGUUGGUGUGUUUGGUGUAUAUAGGGUGUAGAUGGUGUGUUUGGUGUAAAUAGGGUAUGGUUGGUGUGUUUGGUGUAUAUAGGGUGUAGAUGGUGUGUUUGGUGUAAAUAGGGUAUGGUUGGUGUGUUUGGUGUAUAUAGGGUGUAGUUGGUGUGUUUGGUGUAAAUAGGGU